AUGUGGUAUGAAUACUUGCCACCAUACUCUCCUGAUCUCAACCCAAUCAAACUUGCCUUUUUGGCUAUGAAGUAUCACCUCCACUGCGAUGGAGAUUUUAUUCAAAUGGCCAUGACUGAGCUGUCAGACAAAGAAAUUUAUACCACCCUACUCAAGGCUUUGUGUGUGAUUACUCCAGAGGAUUCAUUUGGUUGGUACUCACAUUGUGGUUACAUAUGA